UUACCAAGGUCUCCUUCUUCUCCUUUUGUCUCUAGAUUCAAAAAAAACCCCAACGUAAAACCAAGGUUACUGAGCUCCAAGCUUAAAAAAAAAAAAGAAGACCCUUUUUCUUGCAUCAGCAAAGGGAACCCAUGUUUUGAAAUUCCAGUUUAUGCCUUAAAAAAGAGCAAAAAAAUUAAAAAGCAAGGUAGAAAAGUGAAAACAAUGUCAGGCUUUGGGAAGCAUUCAGGUCCAACAACUGCUCCAAAAUCUGCAAAUCCUUUUCAGUUUCAACGCCCUCCUCCUCCUUCAUCCACUCCUCCAAUCAGACCCUCGAGUUAUACUCCUUCAUCCACUCCUCCAAUCAGGCCCUCCAGUUAUACUCCUUCAUCCACUCCUCCAAUCAGACCCUCGAGUUACACUUCUCCAUCUACUACUCCAAUCAGACCCUCAAGGGUAAAUGAAGCUGCAGAUAGAGUUCGGACACCACCGUCGGCUUUUGAGAAUUUUGGUCCUGCUUUGAGACCUUAUCAGUAUGGUGGGGUCCAAAGGCCUAUGGAAUCUUCUCCUAGAUGGGAUGAUGGCAAAAUUCCCUUAAAAGAUUAUGAUGCCCAAACUCGUUUCAGACCACCUGUGGUCACAUCAUUUGCUGCUUCACAAAAUCCUGAAACUAGUUUUACUGCUAAGGCUAGAUUUCAAGAGUCAAAGAGUACUAAAUCACCACCGACGGUGUCUAUAGAUGACACUGUACCAAGAAAUUCCAGCCAAAUGAUCCUUCAAAGGCCUUCUUUUAAUCCCCAUAUGCCACAGAAUCCUGUCAAGUUGCCAGCCAACUAUCCCAAUUUCCCAGCUCAUCAGGAUCGGUCUGUGGCCUCACCGCAUUUAGGUUCUGCUGAUUACAGGAAAAACUUUGCAAAUGAAGUACCCGAUAUGCAAGUUCCCAAACAAGGGAGGUUGCCAUCUCAACAGUUUGAUGACGAAUUUACCCAGGAGCAUCAUAAGUCUGUUCGCAAUGGUUCUAAGAGGCCAUCUGGAUCUCCUCCGAGGUUAGGUACCAAGUCAAUCUCUCCUAGCUCUAAUUUUCCAAUUCGCCCAAGAUCCUUGCCUUCUGUGCGCAAUGAUCCUCCUCCCACGGUGAGAAACAUUGGGCCUCCUGUUUCUAAAAGAACGAGGUCUCCUCCUUUAAUUUACCAUGAUGACUUUCUUCAGGAAAGCUCCACUCCUAUUGAAGAUGAUACUGAGCGAGAAUUGCAAGCUAAAGCAAAGCGAUUAGCUCGUUUCAAAACUGAAUUGAGUGAAACUGUUGAGACGAAACCUCCAGAUAUUGCAGAUCAAAGAUUGUCUACAACUAGAUUUCAGCACAACGUGGAGGAGAGGAAGAAGCAUGUUGGGGAACAGCCUAUGGAUUCAUCUGGGGAGUCCUUGAAUGACGUUGUUUCAUCCGAUUUUGAUGGCACAGAAGCAUCCAGAGUCAUCAUUGGGUUAUGUCCAGAUAUGUGUCCGGAAUCGGAAAGGGCAGAAAGAGAAAGAAAAGGUGAUCUUGACCAGUAUGAACGUGUGGAUGGUGAUAGAAAUCAAACAAGUGAAUCCCUCGCUGUUAAGAAGUAUACUCGGACAGCUGAGAGAGAAGCAAGUUUGAUACGGCCAAUGCUAGUCCUGCAGAAGACAAUAGAUUAUCUACUCAAUUUGCUGGAUCAGCCAUAUGAUGACAGGUUUCUUGGAAUAUAUAACUUUCUAUGGGAUAGGAUGAGAGCAAUUCGAAUGGACCUGAGGAUGCAGCACAUCUUUGACCAAGGGGCAAUCACUAUGCUAGAGCAAAUGAUAAGGCUUCACAUAAUUGCCAUGCAUGAAUUAUGUGAAUACACCAAAGGCGAGGGCUUCUCUGAGGGAUUUGAUGCACAUCUAAACAUCGAGCAGAUGAACAAAACAUCAGUUGAGCUAUUCCAAAUGUAUGAUGAUCACAGGAAGAAAGGAAUUAAUGUUCCAACAGAAAAGGAGUUCAGAGGUUAUUAUGCACUUCUCAAACUUGACAAGCAUCCGGGGUAUAAAGUUGAACCUGCAGAGCUCUCACUGGACCUCGCUAAGAUGACUCCAGAGAUAAGACAAACACCAGAAGUGCUAUUUGCUCGUAAUGUAGCUAGGGCUUGCAGAACGGGUAAUUUUGUUGCCUUCUUUAGACUAGCGAGGAAGGCAAGCUACCUUCAAGCAUGCUUGAUGCAUGCCCAUUUUGCAAAGUUACGAACCCAGGCUUUUGCUUCUCUACACUCUAGUCUUCAAAACAACCAAGGCCUCCCUAUUUCCCAUGUUGCCGAAUGGCUUGGGAUUGAGGAAGAGGACAUCGAAAGCAUUUUAGACUACUAUGGCUUUUCAAUAAAGGAAUUUGAAGAGCCGUAUAUGGUGAAGGAAGGUUCAUUUCUUAAUGCAGAAAAUGACUAUCCUACCAAGUGUUCAAGACUUGUUCAUCAAAAAAGAUCUAGAACAAUAGCCUUGGAUGUUGCAACUCCUCACGAAGUGACUUCCUUGCCCAUAGGAGCAUCGAAGGAGAGUCAACCAAGUAAAGCUCAUAAACAAAGGGCAAAUGUCUCACCUUCUCCUAAAAGGAAGAGUUCUGUUUCAGCAGCUGAUGAAGAAUUGCCUGAUUCUAAAGUUGUUCCUUCUCCAAAGUCUAGUUCGCAACUGCAUUUGGUGACUGAGACAUCAAAAGGGUUACAACAGCUCCAAGAUGGUCAUCUCAAGUCUGGUGCCUCCGAACCGUUUAAUUUCUCUGUGGAUCGUAGUUCCCCUCGGUCAUUUCCAGCGAAAGUUGUGGUCAUGGAGAAAUCAAACAAUAUCGUUGUUUCCUCAAUGCCUGACAGAACAAAUACUUAUGGCAUGGAACAAAUGCCACCACUAACUUUUUCACAAGUAUCUCAGCCUGAGAGAUCACCUAGUGGUAGAUUUCAUCUCUCUGCGGAAAACUCCGUACCUCAAAGUAUGGCUAUUAUUGACAAUGUAAAGUCCUCACCAAUGAGAUCCCCUAGUGGUAAAUAUACAAAGAAUGCAUUGCCUCAAACGAUGGAUCUUAGUGACUUAAAAUCUCAGUCAGAGAGGCCAAGUGUUAAAUAUGAUAAAGCUUUGGAAAAUUCAGUGCCUCAAGGGAUGGAAAUUAAUGAUUUAGGAGAUAAACCUCUGGAUAAUCAUCAAGAAAUUGAGAAUCAGGAAAUAGUAGCAAAUAUUCAACGCAAGGAAGUUGCCGAAGCAAAACUCAAGUUGAUCCUGAGGUUGUGGAGCCGACGUGCUGCAAAGCAAAGGGAAUUACGGGAACAAAGACAGUUAGCAGCUGAAGCUGCACUAAGUUCAUUACCACUGGGAAUACCAGUUCGGCAGAACAAUGAUCAAUGGAGCACAUUUGGUGAGCUUGAUUUUGAUCAUGUAAUGAGUGAGAGAUGCGAAAAAUAUGAAAGGUCAUGGUCGAGGCUGAAUGUUUCUGAUGUAGUGUCAAGUAUUUUGGGUCAAAGAAACCCGGAUGCUAAAUGCCUAUGCUGGAAAAUUAUUUUAUGUUCUCCGGAGAGCAGUCAAGGAGAUCAACCAAGGCAGAAUAACCAGGUUGGCCAUUUGGCAGCAGGCCCAUGGUUGUUCUCUAAGAUCAUGCCAUCCACAGAAGAUAAUAACGAUGAUGAUUUAGCAAUCACGUCUCCUGGUUUGUCGAUAUGGAAGAAAUGGGUUCCUAGCUUAUGUGGUACCGAUCUAACUUGCUGCUUGUCUGUUGUGAAAGAUGCAAAUUGCGAUAAUCUCGAUGAGGUCGUAUCCGGAGCAAACGCAGUAUUAUUUCUUGUAUCUCAGUACAUUCCAUGGAAGCUCCAAAAGGCCAAACUUUAUAGUCUUUUGAAUUUAGUUCCUCCUGGUGCAUGCUUACCCCUUCUGGUCUUGAGUGGUUCUUAUAACCUAGAAGGUUCAGAUCCUUCCCCGGUUAUAGUUAAUGAAUUGGGGCUGCAUGAAAUUGACAAAUCACGAAUAAGCUGCUUUUUGGUGGUUUUCCUUCUUGGUAAGUGGCAUUUAGAACACUCAAAUGGAUUUUUCAGUGAUGAAAAGUUAAGAGAAGGACUGAAGUGGUUGGCCAAUAAAUCACCUCUACAACCUGUUCUUAGCAGUGUGAAGAUACGCGAACUUGUCAUGUCUCACUUGAGUCCGGUGUUGGAGGAACUGGAUAAGAUGGGUGAUUAUGAAGUAGGUCCGAAUCACUGCAUUUCAGUCUUCAAUGAAGCAUUGGAUUGGUCAUUUGGAGAAAUUGCUGCUGCUAUUAAAGCAAAUCCUACCAAUUGGCCUUGUCCAGAGGCUAUGCUGCUAAAAGACUUCAGUGACGAAUUUUUAGCUGCGAAGUUGUUCUUGCCAAGUGUGGGGUGGAGCUCGCCAGCAAAAACUGCACCACUCGAACACGCAUUGAAAGAUUGUCGACUUGCCCGUUUUCCCGAUGAUAUCUCAUUGCUACAAAGGGGUUCAAUGAUGGGAAAAGAUAUUGAUAACCACAGAUUACUACUAGAAAAUUGUUUAGUAGAAUACCUAACACAAUCAACAAAGAUGAUGGGAAUUCCACUAGCUACAAAAGAGACAUCCGUGAUGAUUCAAAGAAACACACGGCUCGAACUCCGCAACUUGAGCUAUUAUCUUGUGCCAAACUGGAUCACGAUCUUCCGACGGGUUUUCAACUGGCGACUUUCGAGUUUAUCAACCGGGGCCUGUUCCUUUUCCUAUGUAUUGCAGACUCAUCAUGUGCCUCCAUUGGGAGAUCUACUUAAGUUACCACUUGAAGUCGACACUUCACCGUAUUGCUUGAGUCAUCCAUCUUUAGAUGAAAUACUUGAAGUUGGUUGUAGUCCCCUCAAAUCUCGGAGGAUCAACUUCGAUCCCCAACCUUCUCAGGAUAAAGAAGACCAUACUUCACAGAAAAAUGGAUUGGCCAUUACAGGUGAUGUUGCUUGUACUACAAGUAAACCAGAUAGCAGUUACGGUAAAAUGGUGGUGGCUGGAACUGAAACUGAUAGAUUAAGCCAAUUGUUGGAGAAAUGUAACAUAGUACAGAAUAGUAUAGGUGAGAAGCUUUCAAUUUACUUCUGAUAUACGGUUCUUUCUUGUAACUUACACAUCUCAUUAAAAUUGAGGUGGUUUUACAAUGUUAUAUUUGUUCAAAAAUGUUUCUUCUGUAUGAUGAGAAAAUAACAAAGGUUUUUGCAUUUA